AGUUCUGUGCCCCUACGCAGGCGCAGUGGUCUCCAGUUGGCUUGCGCGCGCAGCUCCUGCAGGACCAGCUUCUAGAAGCUCAUUGCGGUAGCGUUGGUCCUGACUGCUGGUCGUGUUGCAGUUUCUGCAAGACCAUGAACUGAAUCCUUGGAAUUCUCGAUACUUUGCUGUGUAUAGAGCCUGUUGGUGGACUGUACAGAUAUUCAGCUAGAGUCUAAAGGGGACUGAAGUCCUGUUGGUGAUACACAUUGCAAGUCGUGGUACCCUGGAACAUGAUGACGGCCCUUGCCCCAGAGCCUCUAACUCUGGCCUCAAGUGAAGAAAACAAGGUCCAAAGAAUGGAUACUCCUGGGAAUCAAGAAGCUAUUCUAAGAGGAAACUCUACUGACCCAGAGUAUUUCAGACAGAGGUUCAGGUGGUUUUGUUACUCGGAAGAGGCUGGACCCAGAAAAGCCCUGAAUCAACUCUGGGAGCUCUGCAUUCAGUGGCUGAGACCAGACAUCCACACGAAAGAACAGAUUUUAGAGCUUUUGGUGUUUGAGCAAUUCCUGACCAUUUUGCCUGGGGAGAUUAGGAUUUGGGUAAAGUCACAACAUCCUGAGAAUAGUGAGGAAGUGGUGACCUUAAUAGAGGAUUUGACCCAAAUGCUUGAAAAAAAGGAAGAUCCAGUUUCUCAAGAGUCUGUUAUUUCCCAAGAAAAGAGCCCUGAAGAAGAUAAAAUGGUUUCUGUCCUUCCUAGUCCUGAGUCCGGGGAACCCAUGACAUUCAAGGAUGUGGCUGUGAGCUUUUCUAGAGGAGAGUGGAGGAAGCUGGAGCCUUUUCAAAAGGAGCUAUAUAAGGAAGUGCUGAUGGAGAACUUUAGGAACCUGGAAUUUCUGGGCUUUCCAGUUUCCAAAUUAGAUUUGAUUUCCCAGCUAAAGUGGGUUGAACUGCCAUGGCUGCUGGAAAAAGAAGUCUCAGAAGGCUCCAGACCAGAGUGUGAUCCUAGAGGUGAAUUGAAGGAAUCUGUUCAAAAUCAAGAUGUUCUUGUGGAAGAAUCAACUUUAGAUAAAAUAAUAGAAAGAUACCUAACGGGUGGUGAUUAUGACUUGAUGGGAGAAUCCUGGAAACGUUAUGGCAGAUUAGAGGAGGAUUGUAGUGACAAGGAAUAUUCGCAAGUAGCAGGCACACAAAAGAAAACUCCUGGGAGAGGCAGUAAGGGUGAGGAAUUUGAUCCUGCAAAAGGCCCCUUUGGAAAUAAUUUCAAAGAAACUUCGGAUAUAAUUAAACAUCUGAGAGUCUACUUGAGGAAGAAAUCUCGGAGGUAUAAUGAAUGCAAAAAACCCUUUAGUUUUCAUUCAGACCUUAUUCUGAACCGCAAAGAACACGCUGGAGAAAAGCCACGGAAAUAUAACGAAGGCAGGAAAGUUUUAAGUCACUCUUCAUCUCUUGCUGAACAUCAGAAACAUCAGAAAAUUCAUUUGGGGGAUAAAUCCCAGAAGUGUAGUAACUGUGGGGUAACCUUUACUCAAAGCUCAUCCCUUGCUAAGAGAAAAAACUCUAUAUGUGAGAAAUGUCGGAAAAAUGAAUAUCAGGAUGCAACCUUGAAUAAAGAUGAGGGACUGGAGACUGGAGAAAAAACCCAUAAAUGUAGCAAAUGUGGAAAAGCCUUUGGCUAUAGUGCCUCACUAACCAAACACAGGAGAAUUCAUACUGGGGAAAAACCCUACAUGUGCAAUGAAUGUGGAAAAGCUUUCAGUGACAGUUCAUCCCUCACACCACAUCACAGAACUCAUAGUGGAGAGAAACCCUUCAAAUGUGAUGAUUGUGGAAAAGCUUUCACCCUAACUGCCCACCUCAUUAAACAUCAGAGAGUUCACACUGGAGAGAAACCCUAUAAAUGUAAAGAAUGUGGAAGACCCUUUAGUGACAGUUCAUCUCUUAUUCAACAUCAGCGAAUUCAUACUGGAGAAAAACCCUAUACAUGUAACAAUUGUGGAAAAUCCUUUAGUCAUAGCUCAUCCCUUUCCAAGCAUCAGAGAAUUCAUACUGGAGAGAAACCCUAUAAAUGUGGUGAAUGUGGGAAAGCCUUUAGACAGAAUUCUUGCCUCACCCGACAUCAGAGGAUUCACACUGGAGAGAAACCAUACUUGUGUAAUGAUUGCGGGAUGACUUUUAGCCAUUUUACAUCUGUAAUUUAUCAUCAGAGACUUCAUUCAGGAGAAAAACCCUACAAAUGUAAUCAGUGUGAGAAAGCCUUCCCUACCCAUUCGCUCCUUAGUCGUCAUCAGAGAAUUCAUACUGGUGUAAAACCUUAUAAAUGUAAAGAAUGUGGAAAAUCCUUCAGUCAGAGCUCAUCUCUUAAUGAACAUCAUCGAAUUCAUACUGGAGAGAAACCCUAUGAAUGUAACUAUUGUGGAGCAACCUUUAGUCGAAGCUCAAUCCUUGUAGAACACCUAAAAAUUCAUACCGGAAGAAGAGAAUAUGAAUGUAAUGAAUGUGAGAAGACAUUUAAAAGUAAUUCAGGCCUCAUCAGGCAUAGGGGAUUUCACUCUGGAGAGUAAUUCUUGGGCUGUAGUAAGGUGGGGGGAAAUUGAGUCAGAAUUGUCCAUUAUUAGAAACCUGGGAUGUAAAUUACCACAGCAUUGAUCGGUAGCUGCAACUUUUGAUGUUUUGGCAGCUAGGAAAAAUUUACUUUUUCCCAUUCACCCCUCUUUGCAAGGAUGUCAACUUUUGGUAGAUAGGGCUGGUAAAGUGAUGCGAAAAGUGAAAGUAGUGUGAGAUGUGAAAUGAUUCUAAAA